AUGUCCGCCGAACUCACAAAGGUUGACUCUGCCAUCGCUGGCCUCUCGAUAUCGGCCAAGGACGAGAAGGCUCCCGACAAAGAAGCGAAGAAGGGUCAUCGACGCACCUCGUCGGACCGUCGGACCUCAUCCUCGACGGAAGAGGUCUGGAAUAUCAAAGACCUAGAGGCGCAAAAGAUUGACAUCACAUUGCCAAUUGAGACACAGAAAACAGGGUGGAAGCUCAACACCUCUCCGUCUACAAUUGAGGACAAGGACAUUCUCAAGCUAAAACUUGUAAACCCACCAGUCAAGAAAAUCGACCUACAUUUCCCCCUGGGGUUGGAAGUAACCGCCCGUAAUCUCAAGGGAGUCACAAUCAAGGAUGCGCUGGACGCAAUCCACAAACAAUUCAAGAAGAAGGCCGAUGAUGAGCUUGAUCAGCCCUACCUUGCUGGCUUUGAGUGGGACAAAGAUGAGUGUUGGACACGCCUGAUUGUUCAUCAGACUAAACAGGGCCCACCCCAACAAUCCUCGAAGAAAUCCAAGAAGAAGAAGGACGAUGCAUAA